GAUCGUAGCUAGCAUGAGUGGCCGCAUCAGCCAGCCUGUGGGCAAGAUCGUGCUCACUAACGUGGCCAUCGUGCGCAUGCGCAAGGGAGGAAAACGUUUUGAAAUUGCGUGCUACAAGAACAAGGUGUUUAACUGGCGCAACGGUGUGGAGGAGGACGUCGACGAGGUGCUGCAGAUUGCCAAGGUGUACGAAAACGUGUCCAAGGGCAAGUUUGCUAAGAAAAGCGACUGGUCCAAGGCAUUCAGUGUGCAGAGCGAGGAGCAGGCAUGUCGCGCUAUCCUCGACCACGGCGAGCUGCAGGUCUCCGAAGGAGAGCGCAAAGCUCUCGUCGAGAAUAUGUACCGUGAUAUCGCUACUAUUGUAGCAGACAAAUGUGUGAACCCUACAUCUAACCGUCCGUACCCGUACACGGUGAUCGAGCGCGUGAUGAAGGAAAUCCACUACGCUGUCAUCCCGAACCGCAGUGCCAAGCAACAGGCUUUGGAGCUGAUCAAGAAGCUUCCGGAACACAUUCCGUUAGCACGAGCCAAGAUGAAAAUUCAGGUGACGACGCCUGCGUCAGGUGCGCAAGCGAUCAAGACGGGCUUGCAGAAGGAAGGAGCGGAGAUCGUUGAGCAGACUGGCAGCGAGACCGUGCGGAUGGUGGUGCUGAUCACUCCUGGAUCGUACCGUAUCGUCAACUCGUUGGUUCAGGAACACACUGCCGGCCAAGGUUCACUAGAAGUGAUCGACCUGAAGAGCCACCAAGAGGGCGAGCACACGAUCGAUGACGAAAUCUCAAAAAAGACGGAGCGUCUUGGACUGGCCACGACGAAGAAAGCCAGACCAUGCAGUACGUGUGGUGGCGACUUCAGUGCCGACAUGAGCAAGUACCGUGAACACUUUCGGUCUGAAUGGCACCGCUACAACCUGAAACGCAAGUCCAAGAAGCAGCCAGUGAUUAGCGAGGAAGAAUUCAACGAGCUUGAUACAGAGGACGUCGAGACCUUCCUCUCCUCGAUGAGCUAA